AUGCCAGCUUUCAAGUCGCUGAAUGAAUCCAAUCCAAAGCUUUUUCAUUUUUUAGAAUUUGUUUUCUCCAAUUUCCGUUCAUUUACCUCGAGGUGCAGGUUGACAUCCAGUGAGCAGCUUCUUGGGUCUAUUCCUGUUCCCAACAACCUGAAGGAACACGGACAUGUCUACGAUGUCCUCAUUGUCGGCGCGGGAUGGGCUGGAAUCGCCGCCGCCAGCACACUGAAGAAGCACGGGAUCACCAACGUGGAAAUACUGGAGGCUCGAGAUAGCGUAGGUGGUCGAUCACGGACCAUCUAUCCAUUUGCACCCGACCUUCCCAUGGAGCUUGGAUCUGCAUGGACUUACAAUGACACUGAACCUCAUGAGUUUCUACUGGAGCAAGAGUUACCCUACGGUGAAGUGCACUACGCAGAUAUUGACAGGUGGGGGUUGUACUUUGCGCGAGAGGGACAAGCCAACGCCAAAAAGGCCAAGCGCUACGACAAACUGUGGGAUGACUACACGGAAUUCUCGGAAGCGGAAGGAACACGCAUUGAAGAGUCGGGCCAUGAUAAGCCGUACCAAGCCAUUAUAGAUGCCUACACGAUCAAGAAACGUAACGAAUUGUCCACCAAGGAAGAAACAUUCUUGAAAACCAUGGUCCAAGCUCAGAUUGAAAUUGAGUAUGCGGCUCCUGUGCAAGGCAUUUCGGGAGGUUUCGCCGGGGAUGCCGUUGGUGAAUGCGUCUUUUGCAAAGCUGACUACUUUGUCCCCGUUCAGGGUGGAGGGUUUGAUAAGAUCUUGAGGCCCUUGCUCAAAAGUAUCAAGGACAAGAUCAAGCUCCGGCGCAAAGUCACUCGAGUAGAAUACGGAGACACAGCACAGCUUGCCAAGGUGAUCUACACCGAUGACACGGGCAGGCAACAUGCCAAGUUUGCCAAGAACCUUCUCAUGACUGUUCCCUUGGGAGUCUUGAAGAAGCAAGCUAUUGACUUUGUCCCGCCCUUACCACAAGCCAAACAGGAUGCGAUUGACGUUUUGGGUUUUGGAAUCCUCAACAAGUGUAUCUUCUAUUGGGAGGAAGACCAGUCAUCCUGGUGGCCCAAAGGAAAGGAAAUGCUCACGUUUGUACCUGCGGAUCAAGCUCAGGUUGGAUCCUUCACCACCUUUUUCAACGACAAACAACUCGGUAACGGAGGACACUUUGUGUUGUCGGCAUGGACCGCAGGGGAAUCAGCAAGAGCCAUUGAGAAACUACCUGAUAGCGAAAUUGUCAAUAUGGUAAUGACAAAUCUCCGCAGCAUGUUGGGAAAUCAAGUCCCCCGACCUUCAAACCAUGUCAUUAGUCGUUGGGGUCAAGACGAGUUUGCAUACGGUGCGUACUCCUACGUGUCGGUGGGUAGAGGAAGCUUGGUGGACAGUGCGCGGAGAGAACUAGGAGCCAGGACGGCCAGCAAACUAUUCUGGGCGGGCGAGGCUACGCAUCCUGUCUGGUCAGGAAGUACCGUUGGUGCCUAUCGAAGUGGUGUCACCGCAGCUGAAGAUAUUCUUUUGACGCUCCGACAUCGACUUCAUGAAGAAGGAAGAAAACCAGUCAUGAAGACGAGGCGAAACCAGAGAGGUUAG